AUGGACACAGAACAGCCUCCCAAGCCAAACGGCGCAGAAUCCACGACUCUGUAUAAGAUACUCCAUUGGGACAAGCUCUUCGAGUCCGAAGCGCCGCCCCGACUGGGGAUGGAGGUUGGCCACCGACUGCCAUUAACCACCACGUCUGCUUUCUCGGCAGGACUGGCUAUCGGUGCAACUCACGGCAGCAAGAAGGCCGCAUAUCGAUUCCGCGCUGAAAACGCCCAUCGCUUUCCCACUACGCCGACCGGAUGGUUCCAAUACCACAAAACCAAGAACUACAUUUCUAUUGUUGGGGGAGUCAAGGAAGGUGUGAAAAUGGGGUUCAAGCUUGGUACUGGUGCGCUGGCAUUCUGUCUCUUUGAGGAGACGGUUGACUAUGCUCGUCACGACCAGAGGGAUUUCAUAUCCACAGUUACCGCUGGGUUAUCGUUUUCCGGCAUUUACAGUUUACUAGCCCGGCACGAUGUAUAUACUGCGGCGCGAACAACCAAACUUGGUCUGAAGCUAAGUCUGGCGUAUGGACUGAUGCAGGACGCGCUUGAGUCAUUAAAAGGCAACCGGCCUGCCUAUGUUGAUUUUAUUCUCGGCCAUCGAUCAAAGCCCGAAUGA